ACACCAAAGAAUGUCAAUGUUUUUCUUCCGUUUGCAUAAUCUUCAGCGUGCUGAGGAGAAUAAACGUAAAAAACGCGCCGAACAGCGUCAUCGACAGCAUCAGCGACGUGGUGCCAAAGUGUUUCGUUGUGUCAGCGACUCAGCGGGCCACUUGACACUGGCACCAUCGCGUCUCUUCGAAAAGACACCCAUGAGUCCAUCGGAUAGUUUAGAUGAAAUUGCAUUACAAAUACCCAGAGUCCGAGUGGAAUACUAUGUUAAUGAAAAUACAUUCAAAGAAAGACUGCAACUAUACUUCAUUAAGAAUCAGAGAUCAAGUUUACGAAUACGUAUUGCUGAUUUAUUUUUUAAAUUAUUAGCUUGUGUUUUGUACAUUUUACGUGUGAUAACGGAUACAAAUCCAACAUAUGCCACAUGUUAUGGCUGUAAUGUUAGCAAUAAAACAGAAUUUUUAGAAUCGGCGGAAUUAACGGAAGAGGAAUUUCAAGAGAAUCCCAUUAUAAAUUGGGAGGCGAUAUUGUGGGUUAAUCGUGCCACUGUCUUAUGGGCUGUUCAAUUAAUUUUAGCAUUAGUUUCACUAACAGAAGCCGUUCUAUUAACAUAUCUUGGCUAUAAGGGAAAUAUAUGGCAACAGAUUUUGUCAUUUCAUUUUAUAUUAGAAUUAAUUACGACAAUACCUUUUGCAUUAACGAUAUUAUGGCCGCCUUUAAGAAAUUUAUUUAUACCCAUAUUCCUAAAUUGCUGGUUAGCAAAACGUUCUCUCGAGAACAUGUUCAACGAUUUACAUCGUGCCAUGCAAAAAUCACAGUCCGCCUUGUCACAACAAUUGACAAUAUUGUCAGCCACACUGCUGUGUUUAGUUUUUACGAGUGUGUGUGGCAUACAACAUUUUCAACGUGCUGGUCAUCGCCAUUUGAAUUUAUUUCAAUCAACGUAUUAUGUGGUUGUCACCUUUUCAACGGUUGGCUACGGUGAUUUUGUACCCGAUAUUUGGCCUUCGCAGUUGUACAUGGUCAUAAUGAUAUGUGUGGCAUUAAUUGUAUUACCAACACAGUUUGAACAACUGGCCUUUACGUGGAUGGAACGUCAGAAAUUAGGUGGCAGUUAUUCAUCGCAUCGUGCCCAAAGUGAAAAACAUGUGGUAGUUUGCUCAACGACCCUGCAUGCCGACACCAUAAUGGAUUUUCUUAAUGAAUUUUAUGCUCAUCCUCUGUUGCAAGACUACUAUGUGGUAUUGCUGAGUCCCAUGGAAUUGGACACCACAAUGCGUAUGAUACUUCAAGUGCCCAUUUGGGCACAAAGAGUUAUUUAUAUACAGGGAUCCUGUUUAAAGGAUGGUGAUUUAGCACGAGCACGCAUGAAUGAGGCUGAAGCAUGUUUUAUUUUAGCCGCACGCAAUUAUGCCGAUAAGACUGCUGCCGAUGAGCACACAAUAUUACGUUCAUGGGCUGUUAAAGAUUUUGCACCCAGUGUACCGCAAUAUGUACAAAUCUUUAGACCUGAACAUAAGCUGCAUGUUAAAUUCGCCGAACAUGUUGUGUGUGAAGAUGAAUUUAAAUAUGCUUUGUUGGCCAAUAACUGUACAUGUCCUGGAGCCAGUACAUUAGUUACACUAUUACUGCAUACUUCAAGGGGCCAGGAAGGUCAGCAAUCGCCCGAGGAAUGGCAUCGUCUGUAUGGCAAAUGUUCUGGCAAUGAAAUCUAUCAUAUAGUGUUAGGUGAUAGUCGUUUUUUCGGCGAAUAUGAAGGCAAAAGUUUCACCUAUGCCAGUUUUCAUUCACAUCGAAAAUAUGGUGUGGCUUUAGUUGGCGUACGUCCAGCACAUUUGCCAGAAUUCUAUGAAGAUACCAUACUGCUGAAUCCCGGCCCCAGGCAUAUAAUGAAAAAAGAUGAUACCUGCUAUUACAUGAGCAUAACAAAGGAGGAGAAUUCUGCAUUUGUCGUCAAUCAAAAUCAACAAAAUCAAAAUGCAGAUCCAGCAACGGGUAAAGAUGGUGGUGCAUCAGAUAAUCCUACAUCUGUGAUAAUCUCGGAUUCAAAGCCGAAUCUUAAAGAUACCGCUGUAACAUCGACAAAUGCAACGCAAACGCCAGCAGCAACGACAACAACCACUGUCACCAACACUACGACGAUACCCUUGAGUUUGGGUGGUGGCAGUGGGGGAAGCGGAGGAGGCGGUGGUGGAGGUACAUCAACACUGGGGACUAUGGGUAAUACGUUGGGUAUAAAUACGGGUGUGGGUGGUGGAGGUGGUGGCGGUUUAACAGUAGGCUCAAGUUCUUUAACAACUGGAAAUCAUUUAGAACUACCACAGUCGGGUAAUCCCAAUUUAUUAAGUCCGGAUAUUUUAAAUCAAAGAAGAGGCAGUCGACGACCUUCCAUCUUACCCGUGCCUGAUAUGUUCACCUCCUCCUCAUUUAGUAUAUCCGGCAAUGAUGAUGGCGAUGAGGGUGAUGAAAGUGAUGAUGAAAUCGAGGAUGAUGUACCCUGGCGUUCACCUUCUGAAAAAAUUGCCAUCGUUAAAGGAUUUCCUCCCGUGUCGCCGUUUAUUGGUGUUAGUCCCACGCUCUGCUAUUUACUCAAGGAGAAGAAACCGUUAUGCUGUUUACAGUUAGCACAGGUCUGUGAACAUUGUAGCUACCGGAAUGCCAAAGAAUACCAGUGGCAAAAUAAAACAAUCAUUUUAGCUGCCGAUUAUGCCUCGAAUGGUAUAUAUAAUUUCAUCAUACCUUUGCGUGCCCAUUUCCGUUCGAAAACCUCAUUAAAUCCAAUUAUAUUGUUAUUGGAGCGCAGACCGGAUGUGGCAUUUUUGGAUGCUUUAUCAUAUUUUCCACUGGUUUAUUGGAUGUUGGGCUCAAUAGAUUGUCUAGAUGAUUUGCUAAGAGCGGGCAUAACAUUGGCCGAAAGUGUGGUGGUUGUAAAUAAAGAACUCUCCAAUUCAGCCGAAGAGGAUUCACUGGCAGAUUGUAAUACUAUAGUGGCCGUUCAAACAAUGUUCAAAUUUUUUCCUAGCAUUAAGAGUAUUACAGAAUUGUCACAGAGUUCCAAUAUGCGUUUUAUGCAAUUUAGAGCUCAUGAUAAAUACGCUUUACACUUAAGUAAAAUGGAAAAGCGUGAAAAGGAACGCGGCUCUCAUAUCUCAUACAUGUUUCGUUUGCCAUUUGCUGCCGGUGCCGUCUUUAGUGCCUCAAUGUUGGAUACCUUACUCUAUCAAGCAUUUGUCAAAGACUAUGUCAUCACAUUUGUAAGACUAUUAUUGGGAAUAGAUCAGGCGCCGGGUAGUGGAUUUUUAACAUCGAUGCGCAUUACCAAGGAUGACAUGUGGAUACGUACAUAUGGCCGUUUAUAUCAGAAAUUAUGCUCGACCACUUGUGAAAUACCAAUUGGCAUAUAUCGUACUCAGGAUACUUCCAAUACGGAAUCAACACAUGUGAGUAAUUCACCUGUAGACAAAUGGGGACCAUUUUCAGCUUUUGGAAAGCACUGUGUGCGCUUGCGACCAUCGUCGUCUAUGUUUUUUCAGUAUUCGAUCAAUUUGGCCGAUGAGGCACGCGAUAAUCAUGCCCAGCAAAUCGAAAGGGCAGAAAUAGCGAAUUUAGUGAGAAGUCGCAUGGAGUCAUUAAAUUUACCCACCAUUGAUUAUGAUGAUGUUAGCGAGAAACGCAACCAUUUAUCGUAUGUGAUAAUCAAUCCAAGCUGUGAUCUUAAAUUAGAAGAAGGCGAUUUGAUCUACCUAGUGCGUCCUUCACCCUUCUCGGCGCAGAAGACCUUUGAACGUCACAACUCCCGACGCAAAUCCAACAUAUCAUUUUGUUCCAACAUCAAUCUGGGUGCUGCCUGUGGCCCGAAUGUCGGCUCUGUGGGUGUCAAUUCGAGUGCUGGGGCCGGCUCGAGACGUGGCUCCGGCAUGGGCUUAAAUCCCAUGCAAAUGCAGAGUGUUCAAACAUUGGCCGGGUAUGCUUCGCCACGCUGCACGCCGCCAAUACAACAAAUUAAAUCCAAUUCUCUUUCUCUACCCGACAGUCCUACAGUUGUUGGCUCGCAGCGCGGUCGGAGUAAUUCAUUACGGAUUGAUAAUGACAUAUUAUUGAGACGUUCGUCGUCGCUGCGUCAGGGUUUGCCAAAUGUUGGUGUUAAUACGGGUAGAAGAAAAUCGUCACUGGAGGAAAUAGGCAUUAGUCAUUUUACCACCUUAAUGCAGGCCACUAAUCAUACUAACCCCAUUAAAAUCGCUCUCAAUGGUAGCAUAGGCCUAGAGAAUCGUAUCUCAUUACAGGUCACACCGCCCGAAGAGCCCACACCCAUUCUGGGUGUACCCUGUGUUAUGCCUUCCGGCCAAGGUGGCGGCAUCAAUCCCUCGACAUUGGGUGGCGGUUCAUCUCUGAAUAUCAAUAGUGUGGAUUUGUCACCCAACUCCAAUCCAAAUUUACCCCUGCAAAUACCCCAGGAUCAGUCGCAAGGUGGCUCCGGUUCACAAUUGCCCUCACCGCAGCAUCUGCAGGGUACAAUUGUAUGAUACAACCUAAUGUGGGGUCGCCGACUCCGCUCUUCAAUAUCAAAGAAAAACAAAUGGAUUUAAAAUGCAGCCAAACAAGAGGACAGAGCAUUUAGAUGGAGGAGUGGGAUCCCUUAAAAAUUAUCCCCCUCUCAUGGUUAAAUAUUCAAAAUCAACGACUUGUACAUUAAACUAUAUAGAUUUUUGUUAAAUUAAUGUUUAUUUUGUAAUUUUUGUUUUUUGUUCUUAGAUUUUAAGCAAAAACCCAACAACAAAAAAAAACUGACACUAAUGCUAAGAGAUUAAGUAGUUGGCCUUCUUUACUAAUUAUUUUUUUCUGAAUAUGUUUCCUAAUUAAUGUUAAGUAUUUAAAAGUUUAACGCCCCCAUUAUUUAUAAUAAAUUUUUAAAUUUUCCCAGGACUUAUAAAACCAAAUUUGUUUUAUAAACCUUUGAGAAAUUUAAAAAUUUAUUGUGAAUAAGACCUUAAAACAUUUAAUUUGUUGAUGUGU